ACCUAGUUAGAAAAAGAUACGGUUUAUAUCAGGAGUGUUUAGUGGGCUGAGAUCGAACAGGAAACUUCACAGUUAAAGCACCAAAAAUUUGAGGCAAUGGGUUAAUUCUAAUGGGACAAGAGUGCCCCCACUUUGCAUGGCUUAUAGAGGGGAUGCCUGCACCGCUAGACCAACACCCACUGCGUGCACAGCAAAAUCUAUCAGGACCCUCUCAGGCCUUCAUUCUCCUGCUCAUCAAAGGUGUCCUGACCUGCGCCGGGCAGAGAGAAGGAGCGAGAUCACCUUCAGUUUUAACCUUACCGCAUUUAUUGACAUUUUGUCAGGCCAAAAUUGAUACCUGUGAAAUAUUGUCAAGACUUUCCAAGACUCCUCUGAGUGCCCCACUGCUUCGUUCCUUCUCAUUGCGCUUGGAAAAACCAAAUGGGGGAUACACCUGGACUAGACAAGUGCUCAAGCCAGGUGAAUCCUUUGGCUGGUGGUGCUUUGCCCCUGCAGGUGGGAGCCGGCACGAUGGCCACGGGCAGCAGCUGGGCGUGGAAGCCCAUCGCACAGGACACCCUGUUUGCACGCGCCUACCACUCGUGCGACGUGGUGCGAGGGAAGCUGCUGCUCUUCGGGGGGCUGAAGUCGGGCGAGCCCAAGGAGCCCCCACUGGGGGACAUGGUGACCUUCGACCCCACCCUGCUGACGGCUGAGACACUGGGCCCCAACGGCGGGGACCGGCGCAGCCACCAUGACACGGCGGUGCUGGCCAACCGCUGGCUGUGCGUGGUGGGGGGCUGGGACGGCGCCCACAGGGUCUCGGCCGUGUGCUGCUGGGACACCGAGCAGAGACAGUGGGAGCGCUGGGCCGAGGGGCCCUCCAAUGACCCCCCCGUGGGGCUCAGCAGCCACACCUGUACCAAGGUGUCAGAGCAUGAGCUGCGGGUGGUGGGCAGGGAGGGCGGGCUUCGCACCCAGAGGCGCUUCGCCAGCAUCUACACCCUGCGCGUCAACCCUGCCACCAAGACCUACUGGUACAAGGAGGAGGAAUCGCGGACAGCCUCUCGGGCCGGACACUCGGCCAUGCUGCUCCGUGACGCUGGUGGCUACCAGCUGGUGGUGUUCGGGGGCCGUGACUCCUCCGACUGCGAGGUGGCCGGGCGCUGGGGCAAGGGGAAAAUCCACGUAGAGUCCAUCCAUGCCCCCAAGAUGACAGAGCAGCUCUCCCGACUGGUUGGCUCCGAGAAUGGCUCACGGCAGGCUCCGAAAGGCCUGAGGCACCAAUCCUGCACGGUGGUGGGUCCCUUCGCGGUGGCUUUUGGUGGGGAGACCCUAACGAAGGGGCGAGACACCGUCUGUAACGAUCUCUAUGUCUACGAUACAAGAUGCUCGCCACCGAGCUGGUUCCGCUUCCCCUGCUCGGAUCGGGGCCAGAAGAGAGUCGGGCACCGCACGUGCCUUUGGAACGACAAGCUCUAUCUUGUGGGGGGCUUUGGCCCAGAUGGGAAGACCCCCUGCCCUGAGAUCUGUGUCUUAGAGAUCCCCUAGUGAGGAAGAGGAGAGAGAUGAGGACGUCCCCCCUCCUCGCUGGCGCCCUCCUCACCCUUUCCCUGGCAAUCGCGCUGCUCCUGCAACCCACCCUGAGAGCCAGCUCUGUUUAUAUGUAAUAAAAGUGCCCCUUGGUGGCCCAGCUCCCCCUCCUCGCCGCAGGGAGCUGCACACUGGCACCAGGGAUUUAACUCAAACACA